AUGUCUUAUUGCGCCGACUGCUUCAAGGGUGUCCGCCACGAGGGUACCCCCAGGGUAAGUACCACCCAGACGAUUGGCGGCAUUGAGUGUUCUGUUGCCAUUCCGGCCGGAGACUACCCGAAGGAUAAGGUCGUGCUAUAUCUUACUGAUGCAUUCGGUCUGGCGCUCGAAAACAACCUACUCUUGGUCGAUGACUUCGCGCGCAACGGAUUCAAGGUCAUCGCACCCGACGUCUUAGAGGGUGAUCCCGCCCCCGUGGAUGCCUUCAGCCCCGGUUCGAACUUCGACACGGCUGCGUGGAUUGCCCGCCAUCCAGCGGCGAAGGCCACCUCCAUCGUCCGCUCGGUCAUCGACGCCCUCAAGGCUGAGGGCGUCACCAAGUUCGGCUCCCUCGGUUACUGCUUCGGCGGUCGUCUCUGCUUCAAUCUCGCCUUCACGGGCGACGUUGACGUCGUGGCGGUCUUCCACCCCUCCCAACUCAAAGCCCCCGACGAUCUCAAGAAGUAUUUCGAGGUCGCGAAGGCACCGCUUCUCAUAAACUCCUGCGAAGUCGACCAGCAAUUUCCCAUUGAGUCCCAGAAGGUUGCGGACGAGGUCUUUGGCGAGGGAAAGUUCGCCCCUGGCUACCAGCGCACGUAUUGGCCUGGUUGCGUCCACGGGUUCGCGGUCCGUGGUGACCUGAGCAAGCCGGAGGUCAAGGCGGGCAAGGAGGGUGCUUUCAAGGCUUCCGUGGAAUGGCUCCGGAAGUACCUGUAA